AGUCAGUUGUGGAAGCUAUGGAAUCUUUUAACAAAAAAUUUCGCCUAAUAUUCGACGUGAAUGGAAUUACUCUUGAUGAAACUGGAAAAGAAGUUAGUGUUAAGAAGGAAAACACCUAUACAUUACAGGAAUUACCACCAUUUUUAUACGUUGUUGCGUCAUCAAAACUAAAAGCUCUUAAAAAAGCAAUUCCUUUGGAUUAUUUUUCAAUAAACAAAUCAGAUCAUUAUCAAAAAAUUAAUGGAGAAUUCUGUUAAAUAGAUGGAAGAAAUCAAGUAAUUCAAAAAAUAUCAUGGAAGUUAAUACAUACUGCAGCGAUUCUUCUGACUUUAUCAACUUGUCCAUCGCUUUUACGACGGGAUUACAUAAAUUGCAGUCAUUGAAUGAAUUGAACACUAGUUUCCUUCAUUUAGUUCUCAUAAAAUCCAAAUCAUUAUUAAAUGAUUGUGAUAACGUACGAUUGGAGCCGCUGUCAGAUUUUCCGGAUGAAAUGCUGCCUAACACUGCAUACAAAAUUAAUAACAAUAAUAACAGUUGCUGCAUUCUUGUUUUCUUCGAACGAAGAAUUAUUGAAAAAUUAACAGUCAUUUGCAACCAAGGAUAUUUAAUAUUGACGGAAAAAAAUGGAAAGUUAACAUUGGUGAAAUAUGAUGAUAAAAAAAUUGUUCUCAAUUAUUUAAACAAGGAGAAUAUGAAUACCUGGAUUCAAGUUAAUUUAGAAGAGAUUCCAAUGGAAGUGGAUCAGAUAAAUGAAGAAAGCAAAGAUUGCUCAAUACAGCAAGGAUCUCAAAAUAUGUCGACUAUUGACAAAUCACCUGAAGUUCAGCAGCGUAAUAACCAUGAAAAUUGUUUAGAUAUGAAUAUAACAUUUACACCAGAGAUAUCAAUGGAUGAGAUAAAUAGAAUGUAUCCAGAUGCAUGCAAUUUUUUCCAACAAAACAUAGUUAUCAAGGGAAAUGGACAUGAACUGCUUAAUAAUUCAGGGCAUGUUAAAAACAUUUCAACACAACAUUGGAAGAACAGCACAUUCGGACCAUUUAAAUUGCAUAAUACAUGUCCUGGUCCAAACAAAAUUUAUAAGUGUCCAAUUCCAAACUGUUAUGAGAAAAUGACUUACUGGUCAUUAACUACAGCACAUCUAGAAAAUCAUCAUGGAUACGAAAAGUUCCUUUGUCCUAUUGGAUUUCCCAGACACAUUGUCCCUGUUGUUUGCAAUGAAAGGCACUCAAUGAUUAUUCACAUCAAAUAUGUUCAUGAUGGAUUAAAUGUGGAUCCAAUUAAGAUACAUACAAGACAAUUAACAUUUCCAUUCACAGUGCUUGCAUUAAAUUCACAUCUAAAACUGUUCGAAGCCGAAUUGAAUUUCACAAAAGAAAGAAUUGAAGCUUGUAAACUUAUAAAAGAAAGGGGCUUUACCGAACAUCCUGAUAUUAAGUGGAUUACUUUUAAUGACUUGACACAAAAAGAAAAAAUUAAAUUCAUGAGUGGUAUUAAAGAACGUCAUGAUGAAUCACAGGCGAAAGUAGUCCUUGCUGCGGCAAAUCUUCAUCCAUAUAAGUCACAAUAAAAAUUUUUAGUAAAACUA